AUCGUCGUCAAGUUCCAAGAAAGAUGCUCAAGAGGCUUGCGCGCACAAAGCCUCAGCCAUGGAUCUGCCCUCGAUGUGUCCAGCAGGCCCAGCGCCCACGUCGACUCAACAGCACAUUCGCCGCUGUUGCCCCCGCACGCGACUCCGCUGCUCCGCCAUCCGCCCUCUACGGCCUGUCGGCCAGCAGCAAAGCAGAUGACGACGCCCUGCGCAAGGUCUUCGAUAAUGCGUCCUUCUGGAAGGCCUUUCAGAUCUCUUCACAGAAACAGAAACCUGCGGGCAUAAUAGGCAACAAAUACCUAACACACCCGGAGGGCUUCGUCGACUUUGUUACCAUCACGAUACAGCGUUGCAAUGCCGUGGUACAAAACGUCGCUGCAGCGCAGUCCACAUCAGACUACCAGCAUAUCGUCAAGGACCUGGAUAAGCUGAGCGACCUGCUAUGUCGGGUCAUAGACUUGGCCGACUUUGUGAGGGGGACGCAUCCAGACCGCAAGUUCCAGGUCAUGGCGGUCAAGGCAUAUCAGACUGUCUUCCAGUAUAUGAACCAGCUGAACACGACACCGGUGCUAUACGAUCAGCUGAAAAAGGCAUCGGAGAUACCCGAGGUGUACGACAGUUGGACAGAAGAAGAGCGCAUAGUAGCACGGAUACUGAUGGAGGACUUUGCAAGAUUUGGCAUUGGAUUGGAUGACAAGACAAGAGAACGGCUAGUCGACCUGAGCGGCGAGAUCGCCGAAGUUGGAUCGCAGUUCGUCGAAGGCAUGGCACCAGAGACCCGGACGCUGAGGUUCAGUUCGAAGAGGUUGAAGGGAUUAGAUCCAAACCUAGCGAAAGCGCUGACGAAAUGGGGCGAGACGAAGAUAUCGACUAUGCACCACGAAUCGCAAGCCGUACUACGUUUUGUCGAAGACGCAGAUGUACGAAGAGAAACCUACUCGGCCGUCCGAACCGCCAGCAAGCCUAGCAUUGCGCGCCUCGAGAGGAUGUUGAAGCUCAGGGCGGAACUGGCACAAUCCUCGGGAUACGGAUCAUUUGCGCACAUGACGCUUGAGAACAAAAUGGCCAGAACACCAGAAGCGGUCAACACAUUCUUGAAGGCGCUAUAUGAGGAUAGUCGACCAGCUGUGCGAGCAGACUUGGACGAGUUAAUGGAACUGAAAAGAGGAGACGCACACCAAGACAACUUCCCAGAUCGGAUAAACGCCUGGGACAAAUUCUACUAUACCCAGCAAAUGCUCGCAACCAUGGAGGGCCACUACAAACAACGCACACCGGACUCGCUGUCCGCGUUUUUCUCUGUCGGAACAGUCUUGCAGGGUAUUUCCCGCCUGUUUGACCGCCUGUACGGCGUCCGCUUCGUCCCGAAAGAGACACAGCCCGGCGAAGUAUGGGAUGAUGGAGUUCGCCGACUAGAUGUGUUAUCAGACACAGAAGGCCAUAUUGCGGUGUUGUACUGCGAUCUAUAUUCGCGACCUGGCAAGACGCCGAAUCCCGCACACUUCACCCUCCGGUGUAGCCGCGAGAUACUUCCUUCUGAGAUGGAGGAGAUGGCACACAUGCAGCACCGCUUCUCAUCACCUAUCGAGGCCGCCACGGAUGGUAUGCCAGUCUCAUAUAACGCGGAGCGAGACAGCUAUUUCCAGCUCCCCACCAUCGCAUUGAUUUGUGACUUUAGCAAAGGCCAUCAUUCACGGCCUACAUUGCUAAACAUCCACGACGUCCGGACCCUCUUCCACGAGAUGGGCCACGCGCUGCAUUCCAUACUGGGCCGCACAGCCCUGCAAAACGUGUCUGGCACGCGUUGCGCAACCGACAUCGCCGAACUCCCCUCGGUGCUAAUGGAGCACUUUGCCUUCUGCCCGCACGUCCUCGGACUCUACGCACGCCACUGGGAAACAGACGCCCCGCUGCCCAUGGAGGCCCUCGAAAAGCGUCUCGCCAUCGACAACCGCAACCAAUAUGCCGAGCUCGAAAGCCAGAUCCUGCUCUGCAUGCUCGAUCAAGUCUACCACUCCCAAAUCCCACUCGAUCCUUCCUUCGACUCCACACGCGUCUACCACGACAUCUACAACCAGUACGCCAGCGUCCCCGAGCCCGCUGGCACCGCUUGGCAGGGUUUCUUCGGCCACCUCUUCGGCUACGGCGCAACGUACUACUCGUACCUGUUUGACCGCGCGCUUGCAGCUAAGAUCUGGCACGAGGUGUUUCAGAAGCAGGGCGCCGAUGGGAGUCUAGACCGAGAGAAUGGCGAGUUGUAUAAGAAUGAGGUGUUGCGCUGGGGCGGCGGCCGCGAUGGUUGGCAGUGCUUGGCGGGUGUUUUGAAAGAUCCCAUGCUCGCUGAAGGAGGAGAGAAGGCUAUGCAGGAAGUUGGGCGAUGGGGUAUCAAGGAUUUGUGAAUAGAAUGAUAGACACGGGGUAUUGGGUACAUGGAUUGAAGACGUGUCGCAUUAUUAGCUCUGCAUCAAUAGAUCAAUCAUGGAAUAGACAUUUACCCUACGCA